ACCACAUGCUGACAUCCCGUUUUAUCUCAAGAUUAAAAGAUAUUUCCAGUGGCAGCUAACAUUUCGUCAGAAUCUUGAUGGAACCUCAUCAGUGCGUUUUGGCAUAGCUGUGAAGAAUCACCUGGAAUCACCAAGAAUCACGUGAACAACACGGCAGAGCCCUGGGUUGCGGCAGCAUGAUGUCGCUGUCACAUUUGACGGUUAUAUUGUUAUCAUUGCUAAUUUUUAGGGUAAAUGCUAAUUAUUUUGCAACAAACACGGAAAAGGACGACCAGUGCUUUUGUAAGCUCAAAGGAUCCAUUGACGAUUGUAGCUGUAGCGUCGACACCGUUGAUCAUUUCAAUAAUGUCAAAAUAUAUCCCAGGCUAAGGAGCCUCCUGGUAAAGGAUUACUUCAGAUUCUACAAAGUUAACUUGAAGCAGGAAUGUCCAUUCUGGUCUGAUGAUAGCAGGUGUGCGAUACGCUAUUGCCAUGUACAGCCAUGCCAAGAUGAAGACAUACCCCCAGGAUUGAAGGGUGAUGUCUCUAGACACACCCUCUAUGACAAAAAUCCGGCAGAUAAGUACAAAGCUACACGGCAGGGCGAUAAUUGUGGGUCGGAUUACCGAGACCACAACGAAGACUUAGGGUAUCUGAACACAACCAUAAGCGUAAAAAAUUAUGAAGAGUUUCAAAUGUGGCAGAGGCAUGAUGAUGCUGUAGAUAAUUUUUGUGUAAGCGAAACGAGCCCUGGAGAGUAUGUUGAUCUGCUUCCAAAUCCCGAAAGGUAUACGGGCUAUAAGGGACCCAGUGCUCAUAGAAUAUGGCGGAGUAUAUACAUGGAGAACUGUUUCGGGCCAGAGCAGCCCACACGCAAGUUUAUAGAGUCUUUUAAAAUGGAAGGGAUGUGCUUGGAGAAAAGGGUCUUCUAUAGGGUGAUAUCUGGACUGCAUUCAAGCAUCAACAUUCAUUUGUGCGCUAAGUACUUGUUGUCAGAAAAAGAUAGUUUGGAAGUUGUAUCAGUUGGUGGUGAAUGGGGACCAAAUUUAUCUGAACUCAGACGAAGAUUUUCACCGGAAUCAACUGAAGGCAAUGGCCCAUUGUGGCUGAAAAAUUUGUACUUUAUUUACCUGCUAGAACUACGAGCCUUAGCCAAAGCGGCACCCUAUCUUCAGCGGGGGGAAUAUUAUACAGGCAACGACGAAGACGACCAAGACACCAGAUUGGCUGUGAAUGACUUUUUAAAUAUCGUAAAAUCAUUCCCUGUACACUUCAAUGAAAGCGUUAUGUUCAAUGGAGGAUCAGAGGCUAAAGUUUUAAAGGAAGAGUUCAGACAGCAUUUCAGAAAUAUAUCCCGAAUAAUGGAUUGUGUGGGUUGUGACAAGUGUAAACUCUGGGGAAAGCUACAAAUCCAUGGUUUGGGUACUGCUUUGAAAAUUUUAUUUUCGGGAAGGUUUGAUCAGUGGGAGUCAACGCUGGAUGAUAUCAAUAAGAAACAAUUUUAUCUUGAGAGAAGCGAGAUAGUUGCCUUGAUCAACGCUUUUGGGAGGCUCUCGGACAGUGUUUUUCAACUGGAAAUCUUUCGACGAAUGAUGAGGUAGCAAGGCAAUUAGGGAAAUCUUGGAAAAGUAAAUCUUUUCUAUUGCGUUCCCACUACUUCCGCACUUAAGCAUCACAUUAUACUUAAGUUAUUUAACAUAAUACAUAGUAACAUUAAUAUAGCUUUGAGUAAUAUUCAAUAUCAUCGUUAGCAGACACAACAGUCACAAUUCUUGUUUGUUCCGGUGUUGGCUAUAGGUAGGACGUAGGUAGCUAAGGCAUGUACAACGAAGAGUGCGUCUUGCAUUCGACGGCAUUCGCUUGACAAGCGCCCUCGCAAAAUCGAUAUUCCAGUUUUUAAUUUAAAUCAACUUCGAAAUUAGUUGCCGCGCUGCGGUAAGUUCUGCAAAGUUUUUUAUCUUGGAGUUUGGUUUCCUUCUCCGCCUCGAAGGCCGUCGAUUAUACCCGACCAAAUAUCAAGAAGCGUGUAAAUGAUAAUCUUUGAAUUCUAUUUAUCAUUGGACGAUAUUACCAAAUAAUAUUACAAUGAUAUGUGUAUCUGUAGAAUAGUCUAUUUCUAUACUGUCUGUGAUAAAGAUACUUUCCUACGGUACAUAUAAAUACGUGCAACGCUUCUGGCUAUACAAUAUCCGAACAUUCCUACUCGGUACCAUGCAGCAGAAGUUUCUAAAUUUUUGCAGACUGAUUGACUUCCUGCGAAUAUUUUCUCACAUUCAUAUCCAUCAGUUUUAUCUGUAAAUAUGUAAUACAAUACCAACAUUAACUCUCCGCUUUUCAAAGUUUUAGGUAUUUUCUGUUUAACUUCUUUCGCGUAGGAAAACAGGAAUACUGCACUUUUAUUCGAAAGCUCUCUAAAACUGAAUCACGCUCAACUUUGAUCAGUUUUCUUGUAAAAACUUUUAGAUCCUUCGUCAGUUGGGAUCUUCGACUUCAGCCACGUACGCCUGCACUAAUUCAUCUUAACUUGAUACAGGGCAUUUUUAAAUUCUUACACAUUGAUUAGAUAUGAUGGGUGUUCGCUGGCGUGGGCCAAAAAUCCGAUUUUCUUUUAAAUUUAUUUGUUAAUGCUGAAAAUAUAGACGAACUUUGGCCUGAAUGUGGACUCAACAUUUUUUCCUUUGCAUAAAUGUUUUGUCGUCACCAAGAACAGUAUUUUCGGUAUUAAUGAACGAAGAACGAGGAUUUGCGGCUUACCCUAGCGUACAUACCUAUUUUUGUGUCUUUCAUUGAAUAUUAUAUGUGUGUGUGUAUGUAUCGAAUAAAAGUCGGCGUCGUAGGUAUGUUAAUAUUUUUCCUCAAGAUAUUUACAGCGACAAACAAUUAUAGAUCGGUCAUGGUCAAACCAUGUUAUUUAUUGCGGUUUAUAAGUACGAAUUAUUUAUUUAUUAUACUCUGACAUGUAUGGAGAAGACCAUAUUAUCUAAAUAUACUGCAUAGGUAUGUUCACUGGUAUGUUGUAUUGGUUGAAAAGUAAUAAACUUGAGGAUUAUACGUUUCAUAA